AUGUUCUAAGAAGGCCAACUCAAGGGCAUGGGGUCCAUCCAUACGCGGGGAUUGAUGACAGUGGCAUUCUUGGUAAUUAGGCAAACAACAAGGCCCGAUAUGGGGCUUCCAACCUUUAUAAAUCAAAUGGCCUUGGUGACUUCCGACUGCGAUUACUCCUUCCUCCACCGGCGCCACUCCUCCCUCCAUCCUCCCCAACAACACCCCCCCCGCGCCCCGGCCAAAUUAAGCCAAUCUAAUGAAUUCUCCUCACCCAUGAGGACCAUCUCCCGACACUUGUAAAUAAUAAUGACUAUAACAAGUUUCUGGAGCUGGUUCUUUGUCUCCAAAGACAAAUCUAGUACUACUUCCUUAAUUAUCAUACCACAGGUCUAUUGUUCUUUCUCUCCAAACACAAAUCUAGUGCUACUUCCUUAAUUAUCAUAUCACAACUCUUUUGCAGUUUUUAAGACACACACAUAGGAACGCACAUUUCUGUCUCUCCCUCAAAAAUGACAGCCAACUUUAAUCCUCCGAUUAAAGAUCAUCAAAUGGCUCUCAUCUCUCAUCAAUUCUUUCCAGUUGGGAUAUACAACCAAGUGGAACUGGGACGACACCAAGGAGAAGUGGUGAUGAAACCACGAAGGCGGCGGAAGAAGAACAAAGGAGAGGGGGGCAGCAGCGGAUUAAGGCUGAAGAAAAGAAAGCUUAAUCAGGAUCAAGUGAAUCUCUUGGAGUUGAACUUUGGGAACGAACAUAAGCUGGAGUCUGAGAGAAAAGACCGACUUGCUUCAGAGCUAGGCUUAGAUCCACGUCAGGUGGCCGUUUGGUUUCAGAAUAGAAGGGCUCGAUGGAAGAGCAAGAAGCUAGAAGAGGAGUAUUCCAAGCUCAAAGCUGAACAUGAAGCUACGAUCGUCCACAAGUGUCGCCUUGAAACGGAGGUGCUAAAGCUCAAGGAGCAGCUGAGUGAGGCAGAGAAAGAGAACCAGAGGCUAUUGGAGGUUAUCAGAUGCGAUGGGGUUUCGAUCAACAGCCCAAUGAGUUCUUCCCUUUCAAUGGAAGCCAUGCGCCCACCUUUUCUGGGCGAGUUUGGGAUGCAAGGAUUGGAAAAUAUUUUUUGUGUGCCAGAAAACAGUUACAUCAAUGGCAUGGAAUGGGUUAACCUUAUAUGAUAUAUAUAUGUACGUAUGUAUCCGCUUGCAUUAUGUGUGUGUGUGUGUGUGUAAUAGUAACUAAUCAAAGCUGCGAUUAAAUAUCUCUAGCAUUUAUUGUUUUUUAGAGUGUGACUAAGAUCUAGUUAAAUUAAAUGGACAGCUAUAUAUCAGCUAUCUAGCUACCUUAUCUUUCCGUUAUCUCUAUUCAAGUGUUUCGGUGGAAUUUGACAUUUCACCAGAAGUUGGAAUUGCCAACGUUUA